AUGGCACAGAAGGCUAGUCCCUAUGCAAUUCGUUUAGAUAAGUUAAUUCGUGAUUACUUUAACAAAAUUUUUCCCGAUACUGCUCAAUUAAAAAUUGAAUACACUAAAAGCACUGUUUUUAUUUAUCUUUACAUCCCAGAAAUUAACUUAGUACUAGGAGAAAAUAAUCAUAAUUUAGAUAAAAUACUUAAAGAGGUCUAUAAACUAAUUAAUGAUAGUAAAAUUGCAGUUAAAAUAAAUCUGAUUGAAAAAAAGAAAAAUGCUCAUGGCCGGAUGAAAUCCAGUAGCAUAGUCAGUGACAUUAAAGAAGGAAGAGGAAAAGCACUUAUAAGCCGAGGAGUAAUUGGCGUAAAGGGUCAUGCUAAAGGAAAUGCAACCCUUACUUACGGAGAUUUUGGCUUGCAGGCCCAAGAGGGGACCUAUAUUAGCAAUAGAGCAAUUGAGGCAGGACGAAAAGUUAUUAGUCCUUAUGUCAAAAAAAGUGCAGUAGUCAAAGCUGGAACAAUAAUUUUUGAAGUUAAGGGAUUGCCGAAAGAUAUUGCCUACAAAGUUUUAAAAAAAGUUGGUGAUAAACUACCUAAACCUAAAAAAGAUAAUGAUAGAGAAGUAAGAGCCAAAACAGUAACUGUAGAGACAUUUUCCACUAAAAUACAUCCUAAAUAUUUUAAACCAAUUAAAAGAAAGAAAGAUUACCAAGUUCAUAACGAAGAAUACAAUUUAAAACUAGGAGAAAAAGUAUUAAUCAAAAGCACCCGUCCCUAUUCUAAAACUAAAAGAUUUAUAGUAAUAAAAAAAGAGAAUAAAGAAGGGGUGGCAGAUAAUUCUGGAGCCAAAAAAAUAUUAGUAAUCCGUUGCUUAGGAGGCUCCAAUCGCCGAUACAGCAGAAUUGGUGACUUAGUAAUUGCCACGGUGAAAAAAACUGAACCAAACUCAGAAAAACACCUGAAAUUUUGUAAUAAUAUGAUAAAAACUAAAUUAAAAAGUGGCGACCAAGUAAAAGUUAUCAGUGGAGAGCACCGUGGAACAAUCGAUUAUAUUUCACGCCUAGACCCUAAAAAACAAGUAGUUUACUUAAAAAAAGCCAGCCGAAAAAAAUACGAUAAAUCUACUCCCGAUAGCAAAAAAAAGAGUGAAAAAAAAGAAAUUAUGGUUCCAAUUCACAUUUCAAAUGAAAUUGAACUACCGGAAGGUCAAAGUACAAUUAAAAUUGAUAUGCUCUUUAAAAAAAAUGUGACCCCGUUAGUUCUACAAAAAUUACAGGGAAAACUGCCGGCUGAGUUUCAGGCUGAUUUUAGUGAAUUUCUGACUCAAUACAAAUUAACCACUGAGGAACAAAAGUUACUUGAUAAAACCGAAAAGUUAAUGAAAGAAUUUUUCACUAAAAAGGGAGAUAAAGAAGCGGAAAAAAUUACGAUUAAAGUUGAGGAAAAUCUAGGCAAAGAAGAAUUUAGAAAAUUUGGUAAAGAAAUUGAAGAGGCCAUACAGAAAAAUAAUAAACCAACAGACCCCGGAAAGGGACCAACCAACAAUAAUUCAGCCGAAAUCGCUCGGUUACAGCAAGAAAUUAUCCGAUUACAAACUCAAAUCACAAACUUAGAAAAUAAUGAACCUAAUUCUCCCGACCCUGAAAAUGAAGAAAUUGAAAGAGUUAAAAAUGAAUUAAAGGAAACUAAAAGAAAAUUAGCCGAAUUAAGUGGAAAAAAUUCUCCUGGAAGUCCGGCCAAAACUCCGGAAAAUCCUAAUUUGCCACUUUAUCUUAGUCUUGCCGCAGUAGGAAUAGUUUUAGUUGCCUAG